AUGGGUAUUCAAGGCCUGGCCAAACUGAUUGCUGAUGUGGCCCCCAGUGCCAUUCGGGAGAAUGACAUCAAGAGCUACUUUGGCCGCAAGGUGGCCAUCGAUGCCUCCAUGAGCAUUUACCAGUUCCUGAUUGCUGUUCGCCAGGGUGGGGAUGUGCUGCAGAAUGAGGAGGGCGAGACCACCAGCCACCUGAUGGGCAUGUUCUACAGCACCAUCCGCAUGAUAGAGAAAGGCAUCAAGCCCGUGUAUGUCUUUGACGGCAAGCCACCGCAGCUCAAGUCUGGUGAGCUGGCCAAGCGCAGUGAGCGGCGGGCUGAGGCGGAGAAGCAGCUGCAUCAGGCUCAGGCUGCUGGGGCCGAGGGGGAGGUGGAGAAGUUCACCAAGCGGCUGGUGAAGGUCACCAAGCAACACAAUGAUGAGUGCAAGCACCUACUGAGCCUCAUGGGCAUCCCGUACCUCGAUGCCCCCAGUGAAGCAGAGGCCAGCUGUGCAGCCCUGGUGAAGGCUGGCAAAGUCUACGCUGCGGCCACGGAGGACAUGGAUUGUCUGACCUUCGGCACCCCUGUGCUCAUGCGGCACCUGACGGCCAGCGAGGCCAAGAAGCUGCCCAUCCAGGAAUUUCACCUGAGCCGGAUUCUCCAGGAGCUGGGCCUGAACCAGGAGCAGUUUGUGGACCUGUGCAUCCUGCUGGGCAGCGACUACUGCGAGAGCAUCCGGGGCAUCGGGCCCAAGCGGGCCGUGGACCUCAUCCAGAAGCACAAGAGCAUCGAGGAGAUUGUGCGUCGGCUGGAUCCCAACAAGUACCCUGUGCCAGAAAACUGGCUCCACAAGGAGGCCCAGCAGCUGUUCCUGGAGCCAGAGGUGCUGGACCCGGAAUCUGUGGAGCUGAAGUGGAGUGAGCCAAACGAAGAGGAGCUCGUCAAGUUCAUGUGUGGCGAAAAGCAGUUCUCCGAGGAGCGCAUCCGCAGCGGGGUCAAGCGGCUGAACAAGAGUCGCCAAGGCAGCACCCAGGGCCGCCUGGACGAUUUCUUCAAGGUGACCGGCUCUCUGUCUUCAGCUAAGCGCAAGGAGCCGGAACCCAAGGGAUCCGCCAAGAAGAAGGCAAAGACUGGGGCAGCAGGGAAGUUUAAAAGGGGGAAAUAA